UUCCUGAAAAACCUGUUGUAGACAAUCUAAUACAUGUAUUCUGCCCUCUGGUGGAUUAUCUGUGCACUGCAGGUAGUAGGGGGUCUUUUAGUUGUAAUACCCAAAAUGGCUAACUCCAUGUAGGGAGCGGCAUGUGUUUUGCUGGGAAAUCUUUUCUAAUUUUGAAAAAGUUACGGUAGUUUUGAAACCAGUUUCUUAAAUAGAAGUAAAAGAACCUGCGAGACCAUAAACUCUUACACUCCAGAGGAAUGUGACUUCUCUUUCCUGGAGGAGGGGUUUUACGCCUGUGAUGUUGUUGAGCAGAGGAUCAACGAGUCGUCCAUGUCGGGGUCCUGCGGGACUAAGGUUGGGAACUACUGCAGAAGGACAUAAGCUUGAUGCCCCUGGUUUAAAUCAAGUAUCUGCAGCCCAGGUGGUGAAGAGCCACAGGAUCUUCUGGUGUUUGUUCACACCAUAGCAAGAACAGGCAGGCAGGAACUACAACUAAGAAUGAACACACAAGAGGAGAGAGAGCACUUCAUCAUUUUACUGAGGAACGGAGUGUGAACUACCACAACACACCUAAUGUAGUUUUGAAACCAGUUUCUUAAAUAGAAGUAAAAGAGCCUGCGAGACCAUGAACUCCUACACUCCAGAGGACUUUGACUUCACCGUCCUGGAGGAGGGGUCUUGUGCCUGUGACGUCCUUGAGCAGAGGAUCACCGAGUCAUCCAUGUCGGAUGACAAAGACGCCUUUUAUGUGGCGGACUUGGGGGAGGUCCUGAAGAAGCACCUGAGGUGGGUGCGUGCCCUGCCCCGCGUCACGCCCUUCUACGCCGUCAAGUGCAACGACAGCCGCGCCGUUGUCAUGACGCUUGCCGCUCUGGGGACGGGGUUCGACUGCGCCAGCAAGAAUGAGAUCCAGCAGGUGCAGUCUCUCGGGGUGGACCCCAGCAGGAUCAUCUACGCCAACCCCUGCAAGCAGGUGUCCCACAUUAAGUACGCCUUUGCCCACGGGGUCCAGAUGAUGACCUUCGACAGCGAGGUGGAGCUCAUGAAGGUCGCCCGUUACCAUGAAAACGCCAAGCUGGUGCUCCGCAUCGCCACGGACGACUCGAAGGCAUUGAGUCGAAUGAGCGUGAAGUUUGGGGCGACGCUGGAGAGCAGCCGGCUGCUCCUGGAGCGCGCGCGGGAGCUGGGCCUCGACAUCAUCGGGGUCAGCUUCCACGUGGGCAGCAGCUGCACCGACCCCGAGACCUACAGCCAGGCCAUCUCAGACGCCCGCUGCGUCUUCGACAUGGGGGCGGAGCUGGGCUACAAUAUGACCCUUCUGGACAUUGGCGGGGGAUUCCCUGGGUCCGACGACUCCGAGCUGAAGUUUGAGGAGUUCACAGCUGUUAUAAACCCAGCGCUGGACAAGUACUUUCCAGCCGACUCUGAAGUCCAAGUAAUCGCUGAGCCAGGCCGCUACUAUGUGACUUCAGCCUACACGCUGGCGGUUAACAUCAUCGCCAAGAAGGUGGUGAUGAAGGAGCAGUUAGCCUGUGAUUAUGAAAAUGAUGGGGCCAACAACAGGACCCUGAUGUACUACGUGAACGAGGGGGUCUAUGGUUCAUUCCUCGCAGUCUUUUUGGACCACACCUAUGUCCUGGCAAGUCCGCAUAAGAAACUCAAGCCGGGUGAGCGCACCUACCCCUGCAGCAUCUGGGGCCAGACCUGCGACGGGCUGGACUGCAUUGUGGAGCAGUGCAUCCUGCCUGACCUGCAGGUGGGCGAAUGGCUGCUGUUCCACAACAUGGGGGCCUACACCAUCAUCUCCUCCUCCACCUUCAACGGCUUCCAGAAGCCCGACAUCCACUAUGUGAUGUCCCGGAGUGUGUGGCAACACAUUCAGCAGAUCUCCACUCAGGGGCUGCAUGGCCCCAUUGAAGAGGCCUGUCCCAGCGACCUGCCGUCCUGCUGCAGGAAGGAGAGCAGCCUGGAGCUGCCAAGCCCUGCCCACGUGCAGCCACUCCCAUGAUGCGCAGCAUGCAGUGCACUCCCUAUGAAGUGGCGAUGUGUGGUGAAGAACUGAACUGAAGAUACUUUAACAAAAUUAUUGUGUGAAUCUAACCAAAAUUAUUAGGUUUCUCUGCAGAUAGGGGCCCAAGAAGACGGAGAAGCAGACGACCUCGAGCAACUAUAAACAGAUUACACAGUGCAGCAGCAGCACAAGCCAAGGCCAGCUGGGGAGGCCUACAUUAAGAAUUAAACCAAAAAGC